AUGGACCAAUACACAAAAGAGGUGGUGGAGCUGCUGCAGGACGUGGAGAAGGCAGCCUUCGUGCCGCCAUCCCAGCCGGAGAAGGUCGAGGCGGUCGUGAGUAAGAUGACGGCGCUCUACAAGCGUGCAAACGAUUUGCAGGAGGCCGACGGCUACGACGGCUCGCCCUCCGCGGUGAUGGGUCCGCGCGUCUGCAUGCUCACGCUCGCUAGGCUCCAGCGGUGCCUCCUCGCCUACCUGCGCUGCCGCAUGGAGAGGAUCGAGCAGGUGCGGUGGGACCUCGCCGGCGCGAUGGACGACGCGAGCAAGGCGCACCUCUCGCGCCACGAGCUCAGAUACUCGGAGCGGUUCAACGAGCUACUCGCCGAGUUCCAGAUGGCGUACGACCUCGACUUGACGCGCGACUACCAGCCGCCCGAGGACCUGUACGUGCGCGUGAACGUGCUGCAAGACAUCGGCCAGUUCAUCGGCCCCGAGUCUGGCCAGCCCUUGGAGCUCAAGCGCGGUGACCACACGCUGCUGCGGCGCGGCGACAUCGAGCACCUGAUACGCCAAGGGCUGCUCGAGCACUCGCGGUAGAGCGCGGCCGGCAAGGCCGUCCUCUCUCAGCUCCUCUCUGUGGCGGACCCGUCGCAAUCUCGACAGAGUCCGUGACCGUCCGAUCUCUCUUCUUCGGUUUUUCGUUGGAUCUUGCUCCGCGCCUACGGCUCUACCCUCGCAUCUCGCAAACGAACCUUCGGCUCGCUCUAUCGUGUUGACGUGUACAUGUAUCGACGCUCGACGCAUUCUCACUACGUUCUUGUAAGUC